AUGGCUUACAUAAAGCCUGUUGAAUUUGCAUUAGGCUAUGAUAAUAAUAAAAAAUUUAGAACAGCCCAAUAUGUUUCAAUAAAAGAUUUGAUAUGUAUGCUGUACUCAAGACACAGCAACAAUACUGGAUUCUGGCUGAAACACAGUAGUACUUCAGGUGUAUUUACAGACAUUUCUAGUGGAUCACUAAUGCAAUCAAUUGCAAUAUCUAGUGAAAAGAUAAUAUACCUCAUGUUGUUCCAAGAUUCCUUUGAAGUUACAAAUCCUAUUGGUUCAGGAAAGAAAAAACAUAAAACACUAGCUGUUUAUCUGACAUUAGCAAAUAUUCCGUCCCAAAAACGAUACACAUCCGAUCAACUACAAUUAGUGCUUAUGUGUCGAGAUGUUGAUUUUAAGUUUUUUGGCUUAAAGAAGGUGUUUGCUCCUUUAUUGUCUGAUUUACAGGAAAUUUCAAUGUCUGGUGUUGCUAUUUCUGACACCUUGACAUUAACAAUAAAGCUUCUAUGUAUACUGGGUGAUAAUCUUGGAUCACAUGCUAUUGGAGGUUUUUGUGAAAAUUUCAGCACAGCUCAAUACUUUUGUCGAUACUGCUUAGUGACACGUAUCGAAUUUGAUACAAAUCCUCACUUUUGUGGCCCUGAAAGAACAAAAGAAAUACAUAAUAGAAGCUUGCUUGAACUAGCAAACUGUGGUUUAAACAACUUUGAAGGCGUCAAAUUUCAGUCACCUUUUAAUGAUAUUAGUGAUUUUCAUGUCUCCACUGGUUUGCCACCAUGUCUAGCUCAUGACUGUUUUGAAGGAUUAGUAUCACAAGAUAUGUAUCUUUUUAUUAAGUAUUUUGUUACUAAGCGAUGGUUUUCUUAUAACAACCUAAAUAGAAGAAUAAAUCUACUUAAGUAUUUAGAAAAUGAUGCACAAGACAAACCAUGUGAAGUUAACAAAAUAUCGUGCACAAAGAAGCUAAGUGGCCAUGCAGUACAAAACUGGGUGUUUUUGCGUUUGUUUUCCAUAAUUAUUGGAUCAUAUGUAACUAAUUAUGAGGACUCUGUGUGGUUACUGUAUCUUAAAUUAAAACAAAUUAUGGAGUUGGUUUGUUCACCAAAGAUUGAUCUUGCACAUAUUGCAUACCUAAAGACACUAAUACACGAGUAUUUGUCUGGACGAAAGGAACUGUUUCCUGAUAAUAAACUUUUACCUAAACAUCACUAUUUGUGUCAUUACCCACAGCUUAUACUACGAUAUGGCCCUCUCAUACGUGUGUUUACACUGCGAUUUGAGAGCAAGCAUUCUUAUUUUAAACGAUGUGCUCGAAAUUACCAUAAUUAUAAACACUUAUGCAAAACAUUGACUAGCACCCAUCAAUUGCUGCAAGCAUACAACAAUUCAAGCAUUACAACCCAGGACUAUUUUUCUAUUGAUUCCUUCUUGUAUAAUGGAACAAAUUUCAAUUCUUUAAUAAACAGUUUAAUAUUAAAUACAUGUGGUCAGUUUCCGCAUGAUGUUUCAACGCAUGUUGUUUUUCGUGGCACACAUUACAAGAAAAAUCUCUUUUUAUUGUAUCCAAGCUGUAGCAUUCCUCGGGUUAUUGUCGCAAUUCAAAAGACUGAGUUUGUCCAUGAACUUGGUUUAUAUGAAAUAUUUGGUUCUACAGAUAAAAUUAUAUGUCUUGCACUGCCAUGCUUAAUUGACUAUCUGCCGUUACCAGCUUACAUAUACCAGCAUCGAAAAAUGGUGAUGGAAUUUAUUAAAACCAGCAUCAUUAGAAUCCUGCCAUCUAUAGAUGCAACUUUAUUAGAGCAACUUGCAACUAGUUUGGAGCUAGAUGUUGGAGUGGAGACUCAAGCAGAUCUUCAUUUAGUUACAUUUGAAGACUUGUUUGGCCUAAAACCAAUACAAAAACGAAAACUACUUCAAUCAUGGUUAUCAAAUAAUGUGGUUAACAUUAUUAGUGAUUAUUGUGACCAUUUCAUUACAGCUGAUUCCAACAUGUUGACACCAGCAUUGAUGACUUUGUCGUCACCAUGUAUACCCUGCUCUUCUACUGAAAUUUUAGCAGCAGAAGGAUCUUCUGCGGCAUCAAAUUAUUUUGGACCUUCUGAUUGGUGUUGUUUAAUGUACCAUGGGGAAAAAUAG